GGAAAUAAACAAAAGUCCAAAGUAGCUUGACGUCGCAGCUGCUCGCUUCAAACAUGUCGGUGUCAAACCCUAGACAGUCGUUUUUAAACCCGGCUAUUCCCUUCGCUGGGACGAUCCUGGGCGGUCUGCUGCCGGGGGAGAUGGUUCUCAUUCAGGGCUCAGUGCAGUCUGAUGCCGACAGGUUCCAGGUAGACUUCACAUGUGGCAGCAGCGUGAAGCCAAGGGCCGACGUGGCGUUUCACUUCAACCCGAGGUUCAAGAGGUCGCCAUGUAUCGUCUGCAACUCGCUGCAGAAGGAGCGCUGGGGCCGAGAGGAGAUCCUGUAUGUGAAGCCUUUCAGUCACGGGGAGUCGUUCGAGCUCCUCAUCCUCGUCCUCAAAGACAAGUUCAAGGUGGCAGUGAACGGCAGUCAAGUGUUGGAGUACAAACACAGAGUGGACCUGGAGCGAGUCGACACCCUGUCCAUAUCUGGAAAGGUCAAUAUUCAGGCUGUCGGCAUCCUCCCGAGUCCUAGUGAAGUUUUGCUUGCAGCCAGUCUGACCAAUCAGGAACAACCAGAGAAGGAUCAGAAACUUCAGACACCAGUAAUCUCCUCUUCAGGCAACUUGAGGGUUCCCUUCAGAGGUGAACUGGCUAAAGGACUGAGUGUUGGACGCACUAUCACGAUUAAAGGAGAGACCAAUCAUAACGCAGAGGGUUUCACUGUGAACCUGCGAGUGUCCGGCGGCAGUGACAUCGCUCUUCAUCUGAACCCUCGUCUGAAGAAAGAGGUCUUCGUCAGAAACUCCUUCCUCUCUGAGUGCUGGGGCCCUGAGGAGAAAUCCCUGGACUCCUUCCCCUUCAGUGCAGGACAAUACUUUGAGAUGAUCAUCCGGUGUGACUCUCAGCAGUUCAGGGUUGCUGUCAACGGGCUCCAUCAGCUGGACUACAAACACCGAGUCCAGGAUGUGAGCUGCAUCACCCAGCUGGAAGUGCUGGGAGACGUCACACUGCUGGGAGUCAACAUCCUGUGACUCUGACCUUUAACUCUCUGAGGCCUCGCUGACUUUAUUCAGGUUAUAACAUGUGUAGCAAUAAAAGUUUAAUAUUUACAUCACAGCCAUUAUACAUGGUGUCAGACAUUAACGAACAUGAAGGUCAAACAAACUGCUGUUUAAUAGUUCUGCAGGCUGAAAGGACGUUGAACAUUAACAUGUCAUUAACCAUUUUCAAUGUUUUAACAUGUUUGACUCAAACUUUUACUGAAGUAAAAUGAAAUGAAGUCUGAACAAAGUUACUAUUGAGACACAUAUCCAAGUAUUACCUGAUCUGCUGUGUGUGCUUCUUUAACUGUUCCUGUUCAUGCACUUUGUGACCACAUCAAAUAAACUACCCAUGUGACCAUAGA